AUGUCAGGCGGGGAAGAUUCGAAACCCAAAAAAGGUAGUUCAGAAUCGGGUUCAGCAAGAACACCAGAAGCAUGGGAAAACCCCAAUCAUCCUCUAUACCUCCAUCACUCGGAUCAGCCUGGUGCAAUACUUGUAUCACAGUCCAUGGAGGAGAACAAUUACACUGCUUGGAUCCAGUCCAUGAGCAUGGCCCUAACCAUAAAAAAUAAGAAAGGAUUUGUUGAUGGAUCAAUUCCAAGGCCAACCAACAGAGUUGAAGAAGCAUUGCAGUGGCAGCGCUGCGACACCUUGGUCAAAACUUGGCUGCUGGGUUCGAUGUCUAAAGAGAUCUCCGGAAGCGUAAUUCAUUGCAAGACUGCCAGGGAUAUGUGGCUGGAGUUGCAGGAGCGAUUCUCUCAUACAAACACUGUGCAGUUGUUCAAUAUUGAGAAUGCAAUUCACGACACUGAACAAAGUAAUGGAACGGUGACCUCCUACUUCACCAAACUCAAAAGCCUUUGGGACGAGAGGGAUGCGAUCUAUGAAAUUCCAGCUUGUAGUGUGAGGCAGCCCAAGAGAUCAAGGCAUAUAUGGAAAACCAGAAGACUAUGA